AUGUCGACUUUCAUGGAGGAUACACCGUCCCCUCCCUCUACGCCCUUGAGGCCUCCACGAUCUCUUCGACGUGUCGAUACGUCCUCUACCCUCGCGUCUAGCGCCAUAGAGUCACCAUACGACGAUACUAUCAUCACUCCGCGCGAUGCUGAUACAUCAUCUCUCCCGACGGAGGCACUAGUCCUCGGCUCAACCUCAACCGACUCACCUGGCUCCCCAUCCCCCCUCAAUACAUUGACACGCUCAAAGUCCCGUACUUCCAUCAAGCGAAAGCCCGUGCCUCUAGAUCCGGGAGAGAGCGUACCGGAUCUUCCCUUGACAUCACCUACAGCCGAAUCCAUCCAUCCUCGCCGUUCGACUUUGCCUACUCCACCACUGUACACUCUGAGUGUGGACCCGCCUCCAACUCCCCCUUCACCGUCCCCUUCCUACCCCUCUUAUCCGCCACCUUCGAUCGGUGGCAGCUCGCAACGCGAUACAGCAUUCACCACAGAUCUUCGACAAUUCGGCGUAUCGGCAGGUGUGUCCCCGUCCCUUGGCCAAUCGAGCGAAGACCUGCCUGUAUAUUCUGAGCAACGAAAUACGGAAACCAACACUCUGGCGAAGGAAUUGUGGAAAUGGGGUUGGUUAUGCCCUCUUCUCUGGGGCGUUGGGAUGACAAUCCUCUGGGUACCGCUGCACACCGAAGAUGAGGAGGAUCCAGAAAAGGCCCAAAGAAUGAGGGAGCUGUGCGAUAUCGUCCGUGAAACUGAAGUCAAAUACGCUAAGCGUUGUCUGUACGGCUUCGUAGGCUUCAGUGUCCUCGUGGCCCUCAUCAUCACUCUCGUCGUGGUCCUCAAGUUUGUGCGAUGA